CCAUCUCCUUCAGUUCACUUGUCGGCAGCGGCUCAGAGUUGCUUGUCUGCAGUCCUUAACAGAUGCAAACUUCACGUCCAAGUGGAAACACACGCUGCAGACCACAGACCGAGGAGGAUUUGAGAGAGAGGAGGCGAUCUGUGCGACGUGAAUGCGCUCCGAGUUUAUUUUAAGCUGGCCCUGUGUGAACUCAAUGAAAACAGAGAACCCCCUACCUGGAAGACAUCGAAGAACUAAGUGGAUUGAAGAAGGCAGAGUCAGAGAGGGAGGGAAGACAAGAGGGGAUUAGCAGCUAAUCCAGUGCUUGGACAAUCCUGAAGGAGCUUUAUCAUUCCUCCAGGACGAUGCAGACAAAACAGUUGCUGGAUUACAGCGCUUUACUUUAUUGCCCCUUUCAAGAGUGCAUCACAGUUCGUCUUUUUCCGCUCUGAUUGUUUUCGUUGCCUCUCAAAGCCUUGCAUCGUGGGUGCAGAAGAACCAGGGAACAGAGGACAAAGAGGCGAGGUGGCAGGAUGUCCUGUGGACGGAGCGGUGACACACAUGGAUAAACCUUUUUAGUGGGAGACGGUGCGUGGCAGUGGACCCCCUGCUUUCCGGCUUUAAGAGGACGACACUAAAGAAGACAUCAGAAGUAACUCCUCUGAGAAGUUGAAACCAAACGGCUUCACUGCCAUGGACCCCGAAACUGGAAUUCAAACUUGACUGACAUGCAAUCGGAGCUCAGACCUUCUCAACUGAUAUAAAGGGAAAAUACACAACUUUUUCUGCCGCCAUGAGUCUGGGAAAACUGCCAGGGAUUAAAGGCCUCGUGUCUGGCUCCCAGGGUAAACGCCGCUUCAAGAGCGACCUCUCCGUGGACAUGAUCAGCCCUCCGCUGGGUGACUUCCGACACACGAUGCACGUAGGCCGUGGCGGCGACGUGUUCGGUGACACUUCCUUCCUCAGCAACUACGGGGGCAACAGGGAGCCGGGAAGUCCAGACUCUGCAAACAGCUCCAAGACGACCGGCUUCUUCACGCGCACCUUCAGGCACGUACGGAAGAACUCCGGGCCGCGGCCGCGAGGGGGCUCUCGAGACCUGUCAUCGCCGCCACCGGACAUCUCACCCAUCAUCAAGAACGCCAUCUCUCUGCCGCAGCUGAACGUGGACUCUCCCAACGGGUGCCUGCAGAGGGUGCUGUUCCCCAGCUCCAUCAGCGCCACGGAUGACUCCUUCUACACAUAUGGUCUGCAGUCUGGAUUCGUCACUCUGCCUCGUCUCUCCCACCUUGACAGACAGUUCCAAGAUGGAGACGUCCGUAAAGGGUCUCUACCGGAAGGCGGCGGCAUCACCCUGACACGCUCGGACUCCCUCACCUCAUUCACCGUGGACCUGGGCCCUUCUCUCAUGACCGAGGUGCUGAGCUUGAUCGACAACCCCAGCUGCCUCCAGACGGCCAAUCACAGCCCAGCAGCAGGUGAGGAGGAGGAAAGAGAGAAGGAUGAAGAUGACGACAGCUCUCUAACGGAGACGCCCGUGCAGACCCCUGCAGUGACUUCACCGAGCACCUCUGUGUGCGUGGGUCGUUCAGGCGGAGUAGCAACAGCAGGCGGACCGAUCAGGAGGAGGAGAGGAGGCCUGUACGAACACCUGAAUGUGUCCGCUGGGUCUCCUCUGAGAGCAGAGCCUGGGAUGGAGACAGAAAGGUUCCAGAGGGCAGCUGACGUCCUGUCUCGUCAUUACGGUGGAGGGUCCUUCACGAGUAGAACGAGGACGAGCCACAAAACACGCUGUGCCUUGAAUGAGGAGGAGGAAGAGAUCAAAGUGUAGAUGUUCAAACUCCUAAACCCUUAAAACAUCCAUCCUGAGUCAGGAAAGAUGUAAUGUGUGAUGUUCUGUUGUUCCUCCAUAGAAACAUUUCUCCUCCUCUUACAGACAUGGUAAGUCAUUAACUACAAGAUACUGGUCUGUGUUCAGGUCCUGAAGGAAGGACGUUUAUUGUCUGUCUUCUACUACAUUCAAGGUGUGAUAUAUUACAGAUUUAUUGGAUUACUUUCAGGAUAUAGACAUCUAACACUAUGUAAUCACAACGUUUACCAACACAAUAUUUUUACAUCCAUAAAUGUUAAUGGUCUGAACCUGGGAUUUGAGGAACACAGUAUUUGGGACUUUUUUCUUUGUAAAUCUGUCAUUAGGGAGCUAAAUCCCUUAUUUCUUUAUUUUUCACAGUUGUACAUUUCUAAUAUUCAUCCUAAAUCUAUGACAGCCUCCUGUAACCUGUAUAAUAUUCACCUAGACUUAAUGUUGUAAAAAGAUUGAUUGUAAUAAAAGAUUGAUUUAAAAACAGA